AUGUUUUUCAGUGAAAGGGUCCCAUCAUCUUUCCGAUUCACCAGAGAUCUCACACAGGGGAGAAGCCAUAUUCCUGUUUCUGAGUGCGGGAAAUGUUGUGUUUUCAGAUAA